CGCAGACAUGUGAACGCUACAUCAGACGUGGUCCUACUGCUGAUUGUCUGUCCUGCAAACUGACCAUGCGCUCGAUAGCCCGGCCUCGUGCCGUCCGACCUACAGCAACCAAUACCCUGGCCAAGCAAGCACGGCGAUGGCAAUCAGCUUCGACAGCAUCGCCAGAGCCAUUGCAGUCCAUUCUGAUAGCGAACCGCGGCGAGAUCGCUCUACGGGUCAAUCGAACAGCAUCCCAAUAUGGCAUCCGGACGACCACCCUGUACACCGAUCCAGACCGCCAUAGCCAGCACGCUUUGAGUUCCCCCUUUGCUGUCAAUCUUGGAUCGACUGAUCAAUAUCUCAACGGUACUCGAAUCAUCGAAGUCGCCAAGGAACAAGGCUGUCAGGCUAUCCACCCAGGAUAUGGCUUCCUGUCGGAGAACGCAGCCUUUGCAAAGGCCUGUACAGAUGCUGGUAUCAAGUUCAUCGGGCCUCCUCACAAGGCCAUUGAGGCCAUGGGUGAUAAGUCUCGUAGCAAGGAAAUCAUGACUGAAGCCGGAGUUCCCUGUAUUCCUGGCUAUCAUGGAUCCAAUCAAGACCCAAAGUUCUUGGAAGCAGAGGCUGGCAAGAUGGGCUAUCCGGUUCUCAUCAAAGCUGUGAAAGGUGGAGGUGGCAAGGGCAUGCGAAUUGUGAUGCAAGAAGAUGAGUUUCAGCAACAGCUGGACUCUGCCAAAAGCGAAGCCAGAUCAAGUUUUGGCGACGAUGUGAUGCUUGUGGAGAAAUACAUCACUACGCCCCGGCACAUUGAGGUGCAAGUGUUUGCUGAUAGGCACGGAAAUUGUGUCGCAUUGGGCGAGCGAGAUUGUAGUCUGCAACGACGGCAUCAAAAGAUCCUGGAAGAAAGUCCUGCUCCUAACCUUGCUGAGGACAUCAGACAGGAUCUGUGGGAAAAAGCGAGGCAAGCAGCUCUCGCAGUGGGCUACGAAGGUGCUGGCACGGUGGAGUUCAUCUUCGACAACGACAGUGGCCAAUUCUUCUUUAUGGAGAUGAACACCCGGCUUCAAGUCGAACAUCCAGUGUCAGAAAUGGUAACUGGUCAAGAUUUAGUUCGGUGGCAGAUCAUCGUGGCGGAGGGCGGCAAGCUGCCAUUGACUCAAGAAGAGGUUCACGAACGCAUCAAGGCGGGAGGUCAUGCCAUCGAAGCUCGGAUAUAUGCUGAGGAUCCAAGCAUGAACUUCAUUCCAUCAACGGGCAGAUUACUUCACCUCCGGACGCCACCUGUGACAGAUUCAGUGCGAAUAGAUGCUGGAUUUGUGCAGGGGGACGAAGUAUCAAGUCACUACGAUCCCAUGAUAUCCAAGCUUAUUGUGCAUGGACCUGAUCGGAAUGCCGCCCUUCAGAAGAUGGUGGCUGCGCUCGAAGAAUACGAGGUGGCUGGCCCAGUGACCAACAUCGACUUUGUCAAAAAGUGCUGCCAGAGUCCAGAUUUCAUUGCGGGUGAGGUGGAGACUGGAUAUAUUCCCAAACAUGCCGAGGAGCUCUUUGCGAAACAGACUAUAUCCAAUGAAGUCUAUGCACAAGCAGCCAUUGGCCUUUACGAAGCUGAACAAGCACCACGGAGCACAACGAGCGCCCCCGUUCAGCCUCUGCGAUCCAUGGGAUUCGGAUACGCCCCACAGCCACGUGAAUUCCAGAUUGUCGAAACAUCUUCCGAUCCACAGGUCACAAACGCGCCAGUCGCUGUGCAAGUGUUGAAGAUCUCCCCUGACACGUACAAUGUCAAGCUCAGAGGCCAAUCCUAUACCACAGUGUCGCACUACACUCCCAGUUCGACCACAGUUGGUGCUCUCUCGUCUUUCUAUCCUCAUACCCGCCUAUCGACCACCAUUGUCCGCGACCCAGAAACCAACCAGCUCACUCUCUUCCAGCAAGGAUCUCAAUACCGGCUGCACCUCGCCAUACCAGCUUUCCUGCAGUCUGCUCUCGGCAUGAAAUCUACCGAAAACUCGGUGCUGGCACCUAUGCCGUGUAAAGUCCUACGAGUCGAAGUUCAGGAGGGUCAGGAAGUCAAGAAGAACCAAGCGCUGGUCGUGAUUGAGAGUAUGAAAAUGGAGACGGUCAUUCGAAGUCCUCAGGAUGGAAUUGUGAGUAAAGUGGUGCAUCAAGCGGGCGACAUGUGCAAGGCUGGAACUGCGCUGGUGGAAUUUGAAGGUGCCGAGGAGAAAGUAUAGGAGGUACCUAUGUAGUAGGGAGGGAUUUAUCGUGUCGUGCUUUUGAGAUACUUCUGAAGCUCAAAAUGAAAAAAAAAAAACACACAUUCAAAAAAAAAAAAGCUCGGCUUCGCGUUUCGGUUUUCGACCUCGCUUGUGAAAAGCUUUCGUGGGUCUUUCUUGCGUGGAUGCUGAUUGUGAGAGGGCUCGGUGACAUACAUAUACAUGCAGACAACUUGAACGGUACAUGUACUGGUA